AGUACGGAAGCAAGAAAUCAUUAAAGUCACAGAGCAGCUUAUCGAAGCAAUAAGCAAUGGCGACUUUGAGUCCUACACGAAGAUGUGUGACCCUGGGAUGACUGCCUUUGAGCCCGAGGCUCUGGGCAACCUUGUGGAAGGCCUGGAUUUCCACCGAUUCUACUUUGAAAACCUGUGGUCCCGGAACAGCAAGCCCGUGCACACGACGAUCCUGAACCCCCACAUCCACCUGAUGGGAGAUGAGUCCGCCUGCAUCGCCUACAUCCGCAUCACGCAGUACGUGGACGCGGGAGGGAUCCCCCGCACCGCGCAGUCCGAAGAGACCCGCAUCUGGCACCGCCGGGAUGGCAAAUGGCAAAUCGUCCACUUCCACAGAUCUGGGGCACCCUCUGUCCUACCGCAGUAAGCCCUGUGAGGAUCCGG